CCGCCGCCGCCGCCGCCGCCGCCGCCGCCGUGGUCGCUUCAGCACCAGGGCCCGGACAGCGGCGCCGCCCACGGGCAUGGAAGGUGGUGGCGGCAGCAGCAGCUGCGAUCCGGCUCCUGGCCCGGGUCCGGAAGGGGAGCAGCGGCCCGAGGGGGAGCCUUUGGGCCCAGACGGCAGCUCCCCGGACAGGUCCCAGAGCAAGGCUGUGGCCCCCGAAGCAAGCCCAGAAAGAAGCUGCUCCCUCCACAGCUGCCCCCUGGAGGAUCCUUCCAGUUCUUCAGGACCCCCACCAGCAACUUCCACCCUCCAGCCUGUGGGCCCUUCCAGCCCCUUGGCCCCUGCCCAUCUCACCUAUCCACGGGCACCACAGGAAUACCGGGGUGGCAGCUCCCUGCCAGGGCUUGGGGAUCGGGCAGCACUGUGCUCCCAUGGCUCCAGCCUCAGCCCUUCCCCAGCCCCCUCGCAGCAGGAUGGGGCUUGGAAGCCACCAUCUGUGCAGCACCAUGUGGUCAGCGUCAGGCAGGAACGGGCCUUCCGGAUGCCAAAGAGCUAUUCCCAGCUGAUUGCUGAGUGGCCAGGGGCUGUGCUGCUGCUGUGCCUGGCUGUGAUCCUCCUCUGCACCCUCGCUGGACUGCUGGGAGGCCAGCUACCCGAUUUCUCCAAGCCCUUGCUGGGCUUUGAGCCUCGCGACACGGACAUUGGGCGCAAGCUAGUGGUCUGGAGAGCAUUGCAGGCCCUGACAGGCCCCAGGAAGCUGCUUUCUCUUUCCCCAGACCUAGAGCUGAACAGCUCAAACCCCCACACCACUCUGAGUCCUGCUCCCUGGAGCAGUGCCCAGGAGAGCAUGCUCCGGCCUCGAAGGAUGGUGGAGCCCCUGGACCACAGGCAGGAGAGCUUCUUCUGUGGCCCCCCUGAGAAGAGCUACGCACAGCUGGUGUUCAUGUCCACCUCAGCGGGCAGCCUGUGGAACCUGCACGCCAUCCAUUCCAUGUGUCGCAUAGAAAAGGAUCAGAUUCGCUCCCAUACCCACUUUGGGACUCUGUGCCAGCGUACAGCAGUGAACGAGUGCUGCCCCAGCUGGUCUCUGGGCAAUUAUGUGGCCGUGCUCUCCAACCGCUCCUCCUGCCUGGAUACCACUCAAGCUGACACAGCCCGCACACUGGCCCUGCUGCGGGCCUGUGCCCUCUACUACCACCGCGGUGCCCUGGUGCCCUCCUGUCUAGGACCCGGGAAGGACAAGCCCCCACGCUGUGCUCAGAUUCCCACCAAGUGCUCCCAGAGCAGUGCUGUCUACCAACUCCUGCACUUCCUGCUGGACAGGGACUUUCUGAGUCCUCAGACUGCUGACUACCAGGUACCCUCCCUCAAGUACAGCCUGCUCUUCCUGCCCACCCUUAAGGGUGCUUCCAUGAUGGGCAUCUACCUGGAUCGCCUAGCUUCCCCCUGGAGGCUCUCUGACAACUACACAUCCAUCACUGGCAUGGACCUGGGCCUCAAGCAGGAGUUGCUGCUGCACUACCUGGCCCAGGAUACAGUGUACCCCUUGCUGGCCCUGGUUGCCAUCUUCCUCAGCAUCGCCCUCUACCUGCGCUCCCUCUUCCUCACACUCAUGGUGCUGCUAGGGGUGUUGGGCUCCCUGAUGGUUGCCUUUUUUCUUUACCGAGUGGCCUUCCGAAUGGCCUACUUCCCCUUCGUCAAUCUGGCGGCCCUCGUCCUGCUCAGCAGCGUCUGUGCCAACCACACCCUCAUCUUCUUCGACCUGUGGUGCCUCAGUAAGAACCAGCUGCCCGCUAGCGGCCUGGCGCAGCGCGUGGGCCGCACCAUGCACCACUUCGGCUACCUGCUGCUGGUCUCAGGCCUCACCACAGGUGCAGCCUUCUACGCCAGCUACUUGAGCCGUCUCCCGGCCGUGCGCUGCUUCGCGCUCUACAUGGGCACGGCCGUGCUGGCGCACCUGGCGCUCACGCUGGCCUGGCUGCCCUCCUCCGCCGUGAUCCACGAGCGCUAUCUGGCGCGCAGCUGUGCAUCCCGGGCGCGGGGUCCAUGGGUCGGCAGCGCGCCGCGGCGACUGGCCCUGGCGCUGCACCGGCGGCUCCGCGGCCUCCGGAGGGCGGCCGCCAGCACCUCCCGCCUGCUCUUCCAGCGCCUCCUGCCCUGUGGCGUCAUCAAGUUCCGCUACAUCUGGAUCUGCUGGUUCGCCGCGCUGGCGGCUGGGGGCGCUUACAUCGCCGGUGUCAGCCCCCGUCUGCGGCUGCCCACGCUGCCGCCGCUCCGCGGCCAGGUCUUCCGGCCCAGCCACCCUUUCGAGCGCUUCGACGCUGAGUACCGCCAGCAGUUCUUGUUCGAGCGGCUGUCUCAAGGCGAGGGCGGCCACAUGCCCGUGGUUUUGGUGUGGGGCAUCCUGCCCGUGGACACUGGUGACCCCCUGGACCCUCGCAGCAACAGUUCGCUGGUGAGUGACCCUGCCUUCUCGGCCAGUAGUCCUGAGGCCCAGCGUUGGCUGCUGGCCCUCUGCCACAGAGCUCGGAAUCAGAGCUUCUUUGGGACCCAGCCGGAGGGCUGGCCCACACUGUGCUUUGUGGAGGCCCUCCAGCGCUGGAUGGAGAGCCCCGGUUGUGCCCGCCUGGGGCCAGGCCUCUGCUGUGGCCACUCAGGCUUCCCCUGGGCCCCCCAGCUUUUCCUGCACUGCCUCAAGAUUAUGGCUCUGGAGCAAGGCCCGGAGAGCACCCGGGACCUAGGGCCCCGCUACAAUACCCAGGGUGGCCUAGUGGCUAUGGUCCUGCAGUUCCAGACCAACUUCCAGUAUAAUCCAGACUACAGCCAAGCCCACCACUUCUACACUGAGGUCAGCCACUGGCUGGCAGCCGAGCUGGGCAGGGCACCUCCAGGCCUCCGCCGGGGUUGGUUCACCAGCCGUCUGGAGCUGUACAGCUUGCAGCACAGCCUGAGCACGGAGCCUGCUGUGGUGCUGGGCCUGGCCCUAGCCCUGGCCUUUGCCACACUGCUACUGGGCACCUGGAAUGUUCCGCUCAGCUUGUUCUCUGUGGCGGCUGUGGCUGGCACCGUGCUGCUCACUGUGGGACUCCUGGUUCUGCUCGAGUGGCAGCUCAACACUGCUGAGGCCCUCUUUCUUUCUGCCUCUGUGGGCCUCUCAGUAGACUUCACUGUCAACUACUGCAUCUCCUAUCACCUGUGCCCCCAUCCUGACCGCCUGAGCCGUGUAGCCUUCUCUCUGCGCCAGACCAGCUGCGCCACGGCAGUGGGAGCUGCCGCCCUGUUCGCGGCUGGUGUGCUUAUGCUGCCUGCCACAGUGCUGCUCUAUCGCAAGCUGGGCAUUGUCCUCAUGAUGGUAAAGUGCGUCAGCUGCGGCUUUGCCAGCUUCUUCUUUCAAUCUCUCUGCUGUUUCUUUGGACCAGAGAAGAACUGUGGGCAGAUCCUCUGGCCUUGUGCCCACCUGCCAUGGGACGCUGGAACUGGGGAGCCUGGUGGGGAGAAGGCAGGCCGCCCACGACCAGGACCAGUAGGAGGAGCGCCCGGGUCCUGUUCAGAGCAGUACGAGUUACAGCCCCUGGCACGACGCCGGAGCCCCAGCUUUGACACCAGUACAGCCACCAGCAAGCUUUCUCACCGGCCCUCAGUGCUCUCUGAGGAUCUGCAGCUGCAUGAUGGCCCUUGCUGCUCCCGGCCCCCGCCAGCCCCCGCCUCCCCACGGGAGCUGUUCCUGGACCACCAGGUGGUCUUCAGCCAGUGCCCAGCCCUGCAGACCUCCUCCCCCUAUAAGCAGGCUGACCCUGGUCCCCAAAGCCGGGCCAGGCCAGACUCACAAGGGCAGAAGGCUGAGCCCCUGCAGGCCUCACCAGAAGCACCAGCCCACUCCCCCAAGCCCCAGCCCCAGGUAGUGGAGCCUCCUGAUUGCCUCUGCUCCUCAGCCAGCACCCUGGAAGGGCUCAGCGUUUCCGAUGAGACCUGCCUCAGCACCUCUGAGCCCAGUGCCCGUGUGCCGGGUUCUGUGAGUGCCUCCCCGGAGGACCUGGACGAAACUGAGCAGACAGUACCUGAGCGGGGCCAGCUGAACGGGAAGCGGGACACCCUGUGGCUGGCGCUGAGGGAGUCUGCUUACGACCCAUCACUGCCUGCAUCCCACCAGAGCAGCUCAUCCUGGAAGGGCCGUGGGGGACCAGGAGACAGCAGCCCUGUGGUGUUGCCCAACAGCCAGCCAGAUCUGCCAGACGUUUGGCUGCGCAGACCCAGCACCCACACUUCAGGCUACAGUAGCUGAGGGAGGCCCAGGGAGUGCCUGGGGCGCAGAGCCUGUCAGGGAUGAGCAGGCAGGGCCAGCACCAGGCUGGAGCCUAAUGAUGUUUCCCCACGUCCUCAUGGAGAGGUCUUACCCUCCAGCUGUGGAUUUUAAACCCUACCAGAUGUUCCAGCCUUGGGCUGCUGCUUACUCCCCACAUCUGGAGGAUUCAGUCGGGGAGGGGGGUGUCUUUGGAGUGAAAGGCCAAGUUCUCCUUGUGACCUGCUGAGGGCUCGUCUGCCCACAUGGUGCCAACCUAGGCACCCCACCUCUGGAAGGGGGAAGGCCAGGUGUGUAGCUGUAUGUAUCAGGGGAGGCUGACCUGGCCCCCCUGCCAAGCAGCAAGAUUCAGUGGGACUAAGGGACCCAGUCCUUGGGAUCCUGCCGGAACACCUCACCAACCAAAAGAGCCCUGAGAAACCUCAGCAGCCUCUUGGGCCUCACACCUUCAGGGGCUCUUUAUCAGGACUUCUCUGUGAGAGGCUUCUCUGGGCCAGAGUUGGGCUGGAGCAUCUGUCCUGAACUGCCUGCCCACCUCACAUACCCCCAUUAGACCAGAAAUUUGUCAAGGCCAGGCAGAGAAAUGGCUGCUGGGAAUGAAGCAGGAAGAGGAUGAAUAGUCAGCCUCAGAGCAUCCCUAAAUCGCUGGGUGGUCCCUCAUGGGAAGCUGCUCUGGCACAGAUGGGACAGGUCCUCUCCCCAUUAAGAAUCCCUUGCAUCCUGCAUCUUUUAGUUUGCAGAACACUUCCACACCCAUCGCUUCCUAGGAAUCUCACCACUUCCAUAUGUGGUAGCCCACAGUUGGUCAGGUCCUUUUGCUUCCAAUUUACAGGCAAAGGUAUUGAGACUAAAUAAGGUUAAGUGAUUUACACCAAGUCACACAGCUAGUAAGUGGCAGAGCAAGAUUUCCUGACUCACUCCACCGCAACUUCCAUGCACCUCCUUCUUACCUGCCCUGAUCUUUCACCUCUGACACCCUCUAGCAACCUGCUUGCAGGUGUUUUUUGAGUAAACUCCCCUGUCUCCACCUUAAGCCUCCAUCUCCAGAAUGAGCUAAACUCUGAGCAAGGCUGGAGUUCCUCUGAAUCUCCCCUGUGCUUCCCUUCCCGCUCCAGCCAUGAGGCAUCCCGAGUGACCUGAUUCCCCAGGUCAGGGGCAGGGGCAGAGGCACUCUUCCAUGCCCAUAGUAUGUGGAGAGCCCCUGCCAGUGGAGGCACUGAGGGCAGCAGAGGUUGAGCAGAGUUCAGUGAAGGCAGGAACUCAGGCCUGCCCUCUUUAGGAAUAAGUUUAAAGCUGUUUUACAAGUCAGGGCCCCAACUUCCUAAGGACAAGUCUCUUGGGGGCACUCAGACUACAGGCGGACGCCCCCUCCCCAAAGCAAAGGGUCUCUCUGGACGUUUUGUCCCAUGUGAGAGCUCAUGACACCUGGAGCAUUGGCAAGUUUACUAAACACCUAUGGCACUGCAAGGGGACAGGAAUGUGGAGGGAUUAUCGAAACUCUGCCCUCAGAGCUCGCCCUCUAGCUGAGGAAACAGUUCAUGUGUACACACAGGCAUCCAUGGGUCACUGAUGGCACCAUGCAGCAUGCACUGAAGGCCAUAUGCCUGUUACCCUGAGUAUUGCUGGAGCUCUAGUACCCAGGACUGGUAACCAGGAAGGCUUCCUGGAGGAGGAAUGGCUUGAGCUGUGCUUCAGACAUCCAAGUGUCUCAGUCAGGGAGGGACCUUAUCAGUUAUUCUAGAAGAUUUCAAACUUUGUAGCCUCAGGAUCCUUUCUUCAAAGAAUCCCUGUGUGGAAACAGUAUAUAAAACAGAUAAAAAGCAGUGACACUGGUGGGUUCUGGAUGGGGGAGUACGGAGCCAAAUCAGCCUCCUUCUCUCCUAUACCUCCCAGGGGACCCUGGGGAAACCCUGAAGCUCCUGGCAGCUCCAAAGAAUGUGGUGUGAAAACCACGGAUCCAGGUCAUUUCGUGGGUGAGAGGUGAAAGAUUUUUCUGGGGCCAGUCUGCGGCAGGGCUGGAGGCAAAUCAGGGGAUGUUUUUUGUUCUGUUUUGUUCUGUUUUCCUAUGUUGUUGAGAGCUACCUCCCACUCCAAGUAGCCCAGGAGAAAUGGGGCAGGAACUCCAGUGAGAUGGAGGAGUUAUGGAAGAGAAAAUGCCACGGGAAGGAAUGACGGGGUUAGGUCGGCUCCUUCGAAUGUUAAGUACAUUAAACCCACUUGACUCCUGACAUCAGGAAGGAGAAGCAGUGAGUGGAACUUCACUGGGACCAUCUCACUUCAUGGCCAAGUGGAAUUCAGCCUU